GCAGGAGAAAGGUCGGCUCGGGAGAAUAUGGGCCUCACGCUGGUUUGAAACUGCAGGGUAAAAUCGAUGCAAGUAAACUUUGCAUAUCACGUUUGUUCCAGGUUGGUCGUGGUGUUUUGGGCACUAAUAUGCGUUGGAGCGUUUGCUUCUGACGAUCAAUGCUGUUGUCGCCCAAAUCCACACCAGCACAACGCUCGUCGAAAGAACAGCUUAUACCAUCUCACCACCAUUGGGUCUUCUACUCAUAGAGUAUACCGCAAUCUUACGUCAAAGACCGUCAAGGGAUGCACGUCGUCUUGUCUACAAGAUGAUUCCUGCAGGUCGUUCAUCUACUGCAAAGAUGAAGAGCUCUGUCAGCUCAACUCUGCAGUAAAACUCGAAAAUGGUACUAGGCCUACUGCUCUGCAAUCACCGUCAAGACAAUGUGUUUACUUUGAAGAUAAAACUCCAGCUCGGAAGGAUGUCCCAAGCCAAGUGGCUGGAUCCUUCAGGCACGUAUCGAUCGGUGAGGCUGGAGUUUGGGGCGUUGAUUACGGCGGCCGUCUCUUCUACCGGGCACGGUGCGGAUGCUCCUGGACACAGACUACUCAUGGUAUGGUUCAGCUAGAUGUCGGUAAGAACGUGCUAUGGGGCGUUAACUCAGGUGACCGUGUUCACUAUCGUAAGGUCUCCAAUGGUAAUCCGGAUGCAAUAUGGACCUAUGUUGGCGGUCUGAGUUCAAAACAUAUAAGCGUCAGUCAAAAGGGGCAUGUCUGGUGUGUUCAUACACUUAAAAUAAUCUACCAUCGUAGGGGAGCCAGUGUUGACGAUGUUGUCGGUAGUGCGUGGGUAGUGAUUGCAGGGAGACUCGAACAAAUCUCGAUUGGAAGUGGUGGUGUCUGGGGGGUCGAUCAAAGUAACGAGGUCGUCUAUCGUAACGGGACUUACGGUGACCCAGACUCGGACCCAGAUGGCUCGGCCUGGGAACCUGUACCCUCUGAGAUCCCAAUAAAGUACGUUAGCUCAGGUGACGUCAUCUACGCCAUUGAUACCAAUGACGCAAUCUACUAUCGCGUAGGUACGUCUGCUGAAUCUCCGACUGGCACAGUUUGGAAACAGAUUAGCGGGAGUCUCAAGCAAAUUGAGCACAUGUCGAAUACAUUCUGGGGCGUUGACGCUAAAAAUAACGUCUAUACAAAUAAUCCACACCCCUGUAAAGACAACAACUGACGUGACACUAAAAACGUUGACGUAUGAAAAAGCCAAGGCUCGUGGUGGCUCACAAAAAAUAACCCACAGAAAAACAGCCGGAGCACGAAUACAAUUACUAAAAUGCACGGUGUCAAUACUUUCGGUAUCGGUCGU